UUUAGUUUGUUUUGUUUUUUGUGAAUUUGUGCCGGAGCCCAGAGGAAGAGGUAGAAGAUAAAAAGUUUUUCUUCAGAUCUGAAGAAACAUAUAAGAACGAAACUCAAUGUGGCAUAGACCUCAUCUUAGCUUUGUUUUGUAAAUUUUGUGAUCGACAAGCAUCGGUGAAGGAUGAAAUGUUGUGGAGGUUUCUUUAAAUUUCGGCGGUGAAGCUUCAGCCUUCAGGUGUGAAGCCUCCUUGUGUGUGUGUGCGCGUGAAGUUAAAAGCAUAAAAGACCAAAAAGAACAACAACCAGAGGAAGAGGUGAAGGAGGUCUUCACUUUAAUAGUUGGAGUCUUCUGUUUUUUUCCCCUCGGAGCUAUACCUUUCGAUAAACCUGCCGAAUCCGACAUGGGCAUGGACAUGGACGACUGCUUUCGACCUUCAAACGUGUGAAGUCGAAGGAGAUUCAGACGAAAUGACAGGUCUUGGUCGCAAGGUGGAUGCUUUCAGGGGGUUCUGUAAGGACUGUGUUCUACGAGGAUUCGUCGGCUUCGUACUGAGAUUGCUUCACUACCGGGUAAACAAUUCCUGAAAAAAAGGCAGCGAGCUCUCUUUUAAUUAGAUCGUGGUUGUUUUAGACUUUAGAAAUUGCAGUGAGAUUCGAUUACCACGGUGAAUAGCAUGGAGGUUUUAUGAAUCCCCUUACUAUGAGGAUUACUGCCGUGCCAAAUCUCUAGGUAUUUCCAGGCAAGCGAGAGUGAAGUUAGGGUUCUGCGACAUAUAUAUCUUCAGGCUAGAGGUUUGAGUACGGAGAGUAAAUGUACGACAUGGUCUGCUAGAGCAGUAGAAGAGGCUCAAAAGGCGUCAUUACUUAUGAAAAUUAGCUUCACUUUUGGGUAACACCGGAAAACAUUCAGUAAGGAACUCCAAGUGGUGAAAAAACUGCAUACAGGGCUUUAGAAAUUUCUUUUCUUUAAGCUGGAACUCUGCAACCUGACUUAACUUCUUUGUAGAGAUUUCUCGCCAAAGUUAUCGUUUUACCUCUUCAUCGGAGAUACUUCUUUUGUGUGUUAUUUUAUCGCUGGAAUUGAAAGACUCUGCUGAAAAAUAGUCAUCAGGAAAGGAGUUUUAUUCUUUGAAAUCCGUUUAAUUGCUAUAAGGGCUAUAAUAAUCUUCUGAACCGCAAUGAUUACAUUCACGGAUUCGGUGAAAGAACCAAUGAAAGAAACCGAGAAAUGCCUGGAUUCUCAACUCUGGCACGCCUGCGCCGGAGGAAUGGUGCAGAUGCCAUCGAUCAACUCCAAGGUCUUCUACUUCCCCCAGGGCCAAGCGGAGCAUGCUCAUGGGAACGUUGAUUUUGGAAAUUCACCAAGAAUUCCCCCACUCAUCCUCUGCAGAGUCGCUGCAGUGAAGUACUUGGCGGACCCUGAGACAGACGAGGUUUAUGCAAAGAUAAGGUUGGUACCCCUUCGGAACAACGAGCCCGACUAUGAUGAUGAUGGGGUUCUUGGAAGUAACGGAUCUGACGUUGCAGAGAAACCUGCCUCUUUUGCAAAGACCCUGACACAAUCUGAUGCCAACAAUGGUGGAGGUUUCUCUGUCCCUCGGUACUGUGCCGAGACAAUCUUCCCCCGCCUCGACUAUUCUGCAGAUCCUCCUGUGCAAACUGUUCUUGCCAAGGAUGUUCAUGGCGAGGUUUGGAAAUUCCGACAUAUUUACAGGGGUACACCACGUCGCCACCUCCUGACAACAGGAUGGAGUACCUUUGUGAACCAGAAGAAGCUCAUUGCAGGGGAUUCAAUUGUGUUCCUGAGAGCAGAGAAUGGUGAGCUCUGUGUCGGAAUCCGAAGGGCAAAAAGAGGUGUUGGCGGUGGACCAGAAUCCCUAUCUGGAUGGAAUCCGGCUGCUGGAAAUUGUGUCUCGCCAUAUGGGGGUUUUUCUGUCUUCUUAAGGGAAGAUGAAAACAAGCUAAUGAGAAAUGUCAAUGGUGGAAAUUCAAACUCUGGUGUGGGUUUGAGAACACGGGGGAGAGUGAGGGCUGAAUCUGUCAUUGAGGCUGCAACCCUGGCUGCCAAUGGGCAGUCCUUUGAGGUCGUUUACUACCCAAGAGCAAGCACUCCAGAGUUCUGUGUGAAGGCCUCAGCUGUAAAGGCAGCAAUGCGGAUCCAGUGGUGUCCAGGAAUGAGGUUCAAGAUGGCAUUUGAGACCGAAGAUUCUUCACGGAUAAGCUGGUUCAUGGGGACUAUAUCUUCUGUUCAGGUUGCUGACCCCAUCCGCUGGCCUAAUUCACCUUGGAGGCUGCUUCAGGUAACCUGGGAUGAACCUGAUUUGCUGCAAAAUGUGAAGUGUGUCAGCCCAUGGCUGGUAGAAUUGGUGUCAAACAUGCCUGCCAUCCAUUUGUCACCCUUCUCACCCCCGAGGAAGAAGUUUCGACUCCCACAACAUCCAGAUUUCCCCCUAGACAGCCAAUUUCAGAUUCCUUCAUUUUCAGGAAACCCCCUUGGGCCCAGCAGCCCCUUGUGUUGUUUAUCAGACAACACUCCUGCAGGCAUACAGGGAGCCAGGCAUGCUCAAUUUGGUAUAUCUUUAUCAGAUCUCCACCUCAACAAACUGCAGUCGGGUCUGUUUCCGGCCAGUUUCCAGCGGCUUGAUAACACUACUCCACCAUCCAAAAUCAACAACGGCCUUAUUAGGGGCAACCCUAAUGGUAGUGAGAAUAUAUCUUGCCUGCUUACCAUAGGGAGCUCCACUCAGAGUUCAAGGAAAUCUGAUGGUAGAAAGUCACCCGGAUUCUUGCUCUUUGGACAACCAAUCCUCACUGAACAGCAGAUCUCUCUUAGUUGCUCUGGUGAAACUGUGUCACCAGUCCUUACAGGAAACAGUUCAUCAGAAGGCAAUAAUCAGGACAAGGCAACAAAUUUCUCUGAUGGUUCUGGAUCUGCCCUUAACCAACUUGGCCCACUAGACAACUCAUGUGAAGGGUUUCCAUGGUACAAGGAACGCCCUACAACUGAGAUCGGUUUGGAGACUGGCCACUGUAAGGUAUUCAUGGAGUCGGAAGAUGUGGGUCGGACUCUUGACCUCACAGUUCUUGGCUCAUAUGAAGAGCUAUACAGAAGACUGGCAAACAUGUUUGGCAUAGAAAGAUCAGAGAUGCUGAGCCGUGUUCUCUACCAGGAUGCAACAGGUGCAGUAAAACACACUGGGGAUGAACCAUUCAGCGAGUUCAUGAAAACAGCAAGAAGGCUGACAAUUCUAAUGGAUUCAGGCAGUGACAAUAUAGGAAGGGUAUGGAUGACAGGGUUGCGGAGUGCUGAAAACGGACUAAAUGCAACUAAUAAGACGGGACCAUUAAGCAUAUUUGCUUGAGAUAGGACAAUCUGGUUUCUUAGAGAAUGUGUCGAAACUAAUGAACUAUUGACGAAGUUUCUUUGGUGGGAUGUAUUUGGCUAUGAAUGUUUCUUUCUUGUUUUGGGGUUCGGGAUGGCUCUUUGUUUUCAUAUAAUAUAGCCACUGGGAGAGGGACAUAAACUCCUUAUGGUCUGGACUGUUUAAUUUUAAGACAAAUAAUUUCCUUUAUCUUUUAACAUGGAAUUGUUGGUGUGCUCUAUUUUUUGCUCA